CGCACGCAUAAUUUGUUAUAAAAUACCCAGCUAGGCCGAGAUUAUUUAUUCGGGGCUGUCUUUUACUGCGGAGUGCAUCAAAAUCGAAGCAAAGAAUAUCCGAUCAAUUUCCUACCCAUCUCCUUUCAUCAAGAACAGGUUUACACUCUCCUGUCAAAAUGGCUCAACGAUUGACUGAAGCCCAGCGUGAAGAAAUAGAGGCAGCCUUCAAGCUGUUCGACAAAAACAAUGACGGGCAUAUCUCGGUGGAAGAGUUAGGCGAAGCCAUGAAGCAAGCUGGACAGGAGAUGUCAGUCGAGGAAAUUAAAGACAUGAUCAAAGCAGUGGAUCGCAAUGGCAAUGGUAAAGUAGAAUAUAGUGAGUUUGAGGACAUGAUGGCCAGCCAAAUUGGAGAACCGAUGACUGGUGACGACCUCAAGUAUUACUUCAAGAAGUUUGACACAAAUGGAGAUGGCUUCAUAACAAGUGACGAGCUGGGACUGGUGAUGAAAACGUUUGGCGGCAAAACCUACUCAAAGAAAGAAAUCGAUGACAUGAUCAAGGAGGCUGAUACGGAUAGCGAUGGAAAAGUCAGUUAUGCAGAAUUUGUUGUCAUGGUUACACAGAAAGGGCAAUGAUGCAAAGUGAUGACAAUGGAAGUGGUUCGCUUUACUUUAAGUGGUGGGCUUCAAGAGGAUUGCCUUUGUCACACUGCUGUUUAACAGAUUCACGUUUCUUGAGCUGGCACAAGUAGUGUGGUAUACUAAACGAACGACAGGGAAUUUGUGUGUUCUGUCGAUAGAGACUGAACUCUAGAAGCAUAAGAAUAUGUGUAGCUAUAUUUACUAGGUGAUACUGAGGGAUUAAACUUUUGUCUUUCUCCAAAA